AUGGUUCAGCUCACACAAGCCCUCGCUGCCAUUCUCUUGGCUACCGGUGUUGUCGCGCAUCCUGGUGGCAACACCAACAAGGAGAUCUUGAGGAGGCAGGCUCAUUUGGAUCAUCCCAACCGUCGAAGUGUUCAGGCGUGUAAAAGGGAUCUCGUCGAGACCGGGUGGGUCCGGGAGCAGCAUCAGAGGCGUGAGGCAAGGCUCCACGAGCUUCGGGUUGCAGCUGGUUUCGCGAAGGAACACGAGCUCGUCCGUCGUGACGUCGCUGAAGUCGAGGAAAGCUACGGUGCCGAGGCAGCAUGCACGCUUGACCCUGAAUCCACUGAGGGUCCAUACUGGGUCACCGGUGAGCUCGUUCGCCAGGACCUUUUGACCGGAGAGAAGGGUGCCAUCACCCACUUGGACGUCAACAUUAUCGACACUUCAUCUUGCAAGCCUGUCACCGAUGCCUACGUUGAGAUGUGGGGAAGUAACGCCACUGGUGUCUACACGGGUGUUCAGGCGAAGGGCAAUGGCGACGGCUCUGCUACCGCUAUUGCGACCAAUGCUCUUCGCGGCGUGCAACCCACCAGCGCCAAUGGUACCGCUACCUUCAUUACCGUUAUCCCAGGACACUACGUCGGCCGCACGAACCAUCUCCACACCAUCAUCCACCAUGGUGCUAAACUCCUUCCCAACAAUACCAUUCAAGGUGGCACGAUCUCGCACGUCGGUCAGUUUUAUAUCGAGCAGAACUUCCUAGGCCAAGUUGAGAAGACUUCUCCUUACAACACGAACAAGCAAGCCAUCACCACCAACGCAGUUGAUGCGCUCUUCAACAUGGCGAAGCAGGGUGGCGACGACCCAGUGAUGAAGAUUUCGCUCAUUGGCAAGACUAUCGAAGAUGGGCUCUACGCUACCAUCGAUGUCGGCGUCAAUCCCCGCGCGAGACAGAAUCCUCAACCCGUAAAUAUGUGGACGGCAGAUGGUGGUGUACCGGUCAAGGGAAGCCCAUGGACAGGAUACCCCGAUACUUGCUUGUACUGUGGAAUGAGGCCCCCGAAGGAGAAGAAGGACGUUCUCUCCGAGGAGUAA